UACAGUAUAAAAUCAAUUUGAAGUAUUUCAAUCCAAUAAACUGCUGUUUCCCUGCUGUCACGUCGCUGGUCAGUUCCAGAUGUCCCCGUCCCCACUGACGGCUAAUCCCGUGGGGAGGAGCCAGCUGUCAGGACCACAUGGUUGUCCACGUGCUGUGACCUGCCACACCCUCGGGAUAGUUAUAAAACCAAGUUUAUGUAAAGAGGGCCCUAUAUAAACCAGCACUGGCACCAUCAUAGAGCACAAACCGAGCCAGCAACAGACUCAUCUUUGUCUUCAUCAUGCAGAUUCUCAACGUUCUCCUCGCUCUGGCCUUGGUGGCCUCCAGCAGCGCGUUCUUGGCGGGACUUUUUAAGGAGUCCAUCGCCACUGUUUCUCAGAUUGAUGUGAACAAAUAUACUGGAAGAUGGUAUCAGGUGUACUUGAGCCGCUGGAGCUCCAUCUUCGCUCCCAAAGGAUACUGUGUGACAGCUACGUACGGCAAAUUCAACGACACCACCAUCACCGUGUUUAACUCGGGGAGGAAAGGAGGGCCAACUGGCGAAGAACAGGCCAUCAGAGGACACGCCUACGCCACAGAGGAGUCCGGCAAGUUCAAGUUGAAUUUGGCUGGGGUGCCCUUCACUGGAAACUACUGGGUCAUCAAGUUGGGACCGGUCAUCAAUGGUCAGUACCAGUAUUCUGUGGUCAGUGACACUAACAGACUCGGGCUGUAUGUCCUCGCUAGAGACCCAGAGACAUUCAAGAAGUACGACGCCGAGGUGAAGGAGUUUCUUAAUAAGAACCAUUACAACGAGUGGCUGAACGAGCCAUUGCCUUCCUAUCACGACAAGGACUGUAUUUACCCUCCCAUGCCUACUAAUUGA